CAAUAAACAACUGUUACUGUACACACCGCAACAGACUUUUAAAAAAUGGAGGUUGAAAAAAAAUGCUGCGUGCACUCAACCAAUCAUCAUGUUCAGUGCCCAAGUCCCACCCUCCAAAGGUCCUGAACUUUGAAAAAGUACCACCUCCCGCGUAGGGACUUUCUGAGGGGGAAAUAAAUUUAGACCCUGGUCCCCACGGUGGAAACACACAGAGUACCUCCAAAAGUCCUUAGUUCCUUGGGAAGUUCCUGCGGUGGAAACAUGGCUAUAGUCAUUGAUUAUUGUUCUGGUCUUUUCAUCUCAUUGAUGUGGUGAGAUUGUGGAACACAUGCUGCAACAGAUGCGUAUGGGGGCGCAGCGCUGACUUUUAGCACCCAUUUUAAUGCAAAUCUCUGUUGUGCUAUGAAAAAGGCGAGAAGAGGGGUGUGUGGAUAAAACGUAUGGCAACCCCCUAUUCCCUGCACACCCAUGUCUAACCCUGGCACUCUUACGCCUGCAGCUAAAUGCAGGCCUGAAUAGGCAGGCGUCCAUUGGGGCUGGCCAUUAUUUGCAGGUCCCUGGGUGCCUUGUGCCGUGACUGAGAAGGCCUUUAUUGAGAGGCCCAUGUGUCCUCCAGAGCCUGUCUACCGUCUCUAGGAAUCUGCCUGCUCCCAUAAAGCAGCAGUGAGAUGGCACUACAUAUCAUCCUAGGACAUUAUAGCUUGAAUUAACAUUAGGCUGAAUACAGAUACACAAACUCCUUUGACUCAGGAAGCGCCCAAGGUGAAGGAUUGCACGAGGCAGAUGUGAGAAGUAUGUGGAACGAACCACUUCAUUUCUUAGUGCUAGCAGCUAAAACGUUUUCAGAAACACUGAUUCUCAUAGGUCAACAUGUUCUGUUUCUAAUAGGUCAACACGUUGUGUUUGUCUCAUCUCACUAAAUAGGUUCUCUGUGUUGAGCUGUGCAGAGUGGCCACGUGAAUUAAGAGUGAAUUAAAUGCUUGAUUUUGUUCUGAAACGACCGUAGGAGGCACUAUGUCAGCCGUGCACUCAGUCCUGUUGUGCUAUUCUGGUGGAUUAGAAAGUUUGUGUGUGUGAGAUCAUGUGCGUUCAGAGCGCUUCAGAGUAAAAACGGCAAGGUGUUUGCAGAUCUAGAUUAAUCAUAUAGAAUGCAUCCCCAUGAGUGCCCUUCCAAAGAAGAGUAAUUUUCCACUCAACUUGCCAUAAUGAUUUCAGGGACCUUGUGUUUCACUCAAAGGACAAAAUGCCUCAAACUCCACCAUUUCCAGCGAUGUUUGGGUCCAGUGGCUACAACAACAACCUCUAUCAGACAAAAGAGGAGGACUACAGCGGCUUAUAUUACCAUGACAACAACCUGGUGUCAGGGUCUCUGGAGGCUCUCAUUCAGCACUUAGUCCCCACUGUGGCUUACUAUCCUGAUAGGACAUACAUCUUCACAUUCUUGCUCAAUUCCCGUCUUUUCAUUCAUCCACAUGAGCUUAUGUCUAAAGUUUGCCAUGUGUGCACAGACCAUCAGAAGCUCAGUGAUCCUUCAGCAGACAAGAUGCGAAUCAGAAAACUUGCUCCCAAGAUCUUGCAGUUGCUGACAGAAUGGACAGAGACGUUUCCGUAUGAUUUCCGGGAUGAGAGGAUGAUGAGGAGUUUAAAAGAGUUAACACUACGAUUGAGCACUGGAGAUGAGGUCUAUCGGAAAGCGGUGCAGCAGAUGACACAAACCCUGAUCCGUAAACUCGCUACACACAGUCAGUACGAAGAAAACUUGGCCAAGAUCAACUCCACAGUGACAGACAGACUAACGGUUUUGAAAACCAAGCCUCAGUCUAUCCAGAGAGACAUCCUGACCAUCUGUAGUGACACUUUUACUCUGGCUCAACAGCUAACACAUAUUGAGUUGGAGAGACUGAGUUACAUAGGACCCGAAGAAUUUGUCCAGGCGUUUGUUCAGAAAAACUCUCAUGACAAAAAAAAGAGUUUUACUGAUCGCAAGAAAGCCAGCAACGUCGAGGCGUACAUGGAGUGGUUCAACAGGCUGAGCUUCCUGGUAGCCACUGAGAUAUGCAUGCCUGUGAAGAAAAAGCACCGAGCUCGCGUCAUAGAGUUCUUCAUCGAUGUGGCACGAGAAUGCUUCAAUAUUGGCAACUUCAACUCUCUCAUGGCUAUCAUUUCUGGCAUGAAUAUGAGUCCAGUAUCGCGGUUAAAAAAGACCUGGGCCAAGGUCAAAACGGCCAAGUUUGAUAUUCUGGAGCACCAGAUGGACCCGUCCAGCAACUUCUACAACUACAGAACAGCGCUACGUGGGGCCACACAGAGAUCUAUAACUGCACAUACCAGCAGAGAAAAGAUUGUCAUUCCAUUCUUCAGCCUCUUAAUCAAGGACAUUGUCUUCCUCAAUGAAAGAUGUGCUAACCAGCUCCCAAAUGGACAUGUCAAUUUUGAGAAAUUCUGGGACCUGGCCAAGCAGGUGGACGAGUUCAUGACCUGGAAGAAAGUGGAGUGCCCGUUUGAGAAGGACCGCAAGAUUCAGCAGUACCUCCUCACCGCUCCCAUCUUUAGCGAGGAUGCUUUGUGUGUGGCGUCCUAUGAGAGCGAGGGACCGGAGAACAACACGGAGAAAGACACAUGGAAAUCUCUGAGGUCCUCGCUGCUAAACAGGAUGUAGUUCUACUGAAGAACCCAAGUCCAAGUCACUGAUGUUAAGCUUCUGGCAAUCCAGCUUUGUCCCCAUUUUGUCCCCUCAAGAAGUGAGAAGUAGCCCUGAUUUUUAAGGGAAACGACAAUCACUACUUUGGAAGUGUUUUUGUGUGUAUGAUGGACACCUGGAUAUUUCAGAAUGGUUUUUCAUCACUUUGUAAAGAUUAUCACUUGUUGUACCUUUAAAAAGACUUGUUUUUUUUGGAGGGGAACCCCCUGCUGAGUUCUUGAUAUCCCUUGGCUGCAACUCAUGAUACAGUCUCAUGAGGUAUUUGGAUGCUUUUGAUGCAAGUAGUCUUCUGAGUUUGCUGCUGGUUGGCCAACUCUGUGAACAGAUUAUUUAAAACAAAACAAAAGAAGACUAAAACCAGCAUUGUGUGUACUUUGUACCAGUACUGUAUAUUGAUAGUAUACAAUAUUAAUUUAAGUAGAGAUUUAUUUUGUCCUUUUUUUCUGUUGUAUUUGUUGAUAUGGUUUUUUAUACCCAAGGUAUUUGUAAUGUGUUUUUCUCACAUGUGUGAGCAACCACCAAGUGUGGACAAGAGCGGCUCGUCAAGGUCUGCUGAAUGCACUGGUUGCGUUCAAGAAUAAAAAUGUCACUUUCUGUUUGUUAUAACAUGUUGUUUUUGUGAUAUUCUGUAACAUUCAUAUGACCUUUUAUGUGGGCUUUGCCCUGUUCAUAUGGAUUGAUGAAGAAGCUUCAAAGACAUACAUUCCUUAUUAGCAGUGUUAAUAUAGAUACACAAUUGUCCACACAUACGUUUAGACGACUGUGUUCCACUGAAACACAUCACCGACACGCCCAUCUACCUCCUGUCCACACCAGCUAGUUCUGCUAUUAUGCUUUUAUGUGGCCCCCUGGUGGUCAUGCCAUUAAUAAAUGAGAAUUAAAUUAAUACAUAACACACUACUACACACACAUUAGUGUAGGACUAAUUCAUCUGCAUGAUGUCAUUUUACACAAUUACAUGGUUUUCCGCAUCUGCAGAUAAAUUAUUAUUUUUAAGAAUAGCUUGUUCCCAUUCCCUAACUAAAGGGUGUUGUCAUUUAUCCUUUUAAAUAUUAAGUGAUUUUUUUUUUUUUUUUUUACAAGUUUUGUUACAUUUUGUUCUGUGUUAAUUUGUACAUAACCAUUUUGUAGUUACCAGAUAUUGAUCUAAUAUUUUAUAUUGAUCAACUUUGUAUGAGGCAGACUCAUUUUCAGGACACUAGCAUACUACAUGAAGUUAAAGACGUUAAUAUUGCCUGAUGUCUAGUUUACCAUGUAAUUUUUUUUUCUUCUGCAAAUAGUGUUUUUCUCUCCUGUGCACACUGUUCUGUAUUUUCAUUGUUUGGAUGGAUAAAAGAACCCCUGAAAUAGUUUCAAUAAAAGAAUCCUUAUGUAAACAUGCA